AUGCAGUCCCAGCUGGCGAAGACGGACGAGCCCGUGCUGUCCACCGCCGACAUCCAGAAAAAGGCCGCGGUGGUUGACCGUGUCUGCAAGCCCAUCGCCACCAAGCCCGCGCCCCCGCCCCCCAAGCCCGCCCCCGCGGCCGCGGCGGCGCCGGCGGCAGCGGAGGCGGCGGCGAGCGCAGCAGCGGAGGAGGGGCAGCAGCAGCAGGAGGAGGGCGGCGCGGCGCCAAUGGACGCGGACGCUGACGCGGCGGCGGCGGCGGCGGGUGCAGGUGCAGAGCCGAUCGUGGAGGAGCCGAUGCAGUCGUGA